AUGUCGAAUCUUCCCUUGCCACCGCACCCGAUGCUUCUUGUUUAUCCUUUACCAUAUCCGCAGUUGCCACAACAAUAUCAUCCUUAUCCACAGUAUCUACAACAACCACCGCCUCAGUAUCAACCGCAACGACAACAACAACAACAACAACAACAACAAAGACAACAACCAUCUACAUCUACUAUUCAGCAAAAUCCACGUCCUCCGAUGACUCAGUUCCAGUUUGAUCCAAUCCCAAUGACGUACACUGAUCUACUACCUUCUCUGCUCGCCCAAAAUCUCAUAGAAAAGCGUGUCACACCACCAAUGCCUGACAAGUUUCCUAGAUGGUAUAAACCUAAUGAACGUUGUGCUUUCCACUCUGAUGCGCCAGGGCAUGACAUUGAAAAUUACUUUGUAUUCAAAGGAAAGGUCCAAGAGCUUGUGAGAUUGGGGAUGUUUAAGUUCGGUAAUAUGCCAAAUGUGGCUACUAACCAAUUUCCUGAGCAUGGGGCAGUAAAUAUGAUUAUUGAAGAUGAGAAUUUUAUUAUGGACGUCUUGAAAGUGAAGACUCUGUUGGUGCCUGUGCACCUCAAGCUAUUCAAAGUCGGUAUUCUGAAGCAAGAUCAUGAGAAGUGCUCUAUUUGUUUGAGGUACCCUAAAGGUUACUUCGAUGUGCGGAAAGAUAUACAGAUGCUGAUUUCCAAUGGUGUGUUACAGGUUAGUGGGAAGAAAAAGAAUGAUGAAGUGUCUGUGAUAGUGCCUAUCUUCAACAAGCCCAAGGAUUUUGAGAUAUUCUGCCCGCCCAAAGAAAGUACACCUCCUGCUGACUCUGCUAAGUGCUUGAACAUCAAAAUGACAACUCAUUUCCCCUACAAAUAUGAUAAAUUUGUACCAUGGGGGUACGAGCCCACUACCAUCGUGAAUGGAGUUGAGAAGCCAUUGGUCAACAACAAAGUUGUCCCUAAUAUUGCUGAUGCAAGCGGUCUCACAAGAAGCGGUAGGGUUUUCACUCAUGCUAAUCUUAGAGGUGGUAAGCAUGUGGUCGGAAAGCCCGACAAUGGUAAAGCUCCAUUGGUCAUUCCUGAGAGUAGACCCAUAAAAGAUGUAGAGGCUGAAGAAUUUGUGCGCCUGAUACGAAGAAGUGAUUAUAAGGUGGUGGAUCAGCUCCUUCAAACCCAUUCGAAGAUAUCUGUUAUGUAUUUACUCUUGAACUCUGAAGCGCAUCGUAAGGCUCUGUUGAAAGUCCCGGGGAAAGCCUACGUAAAUCCAGAUGUCACGAUUGAUCAGUUCGACCAUGUAGUUGGAAACAUUACAUCUUGCAACACACUAAGCUUUUCUGACAAUGAGUUGCCUGCCGAAGGCAAAAAGCAUAUCAACGCUCUCUACAUAUCCAUGGGAUAUGAAAAAUACUCUUUUUCACAUGUUUUGGUUGAUACCGACUCUUCUUUGAAUUUGAUGCCGAAGAUUACUCUUGCCAAGUUAUCCUAUAUUGAUGUUGAUAUUAGACCAAGCGAGGUUCUGGUGAAGGCCUUUGAUGGUUCUAGGAGGACUGUAAUGGGUGAAAUUGUCCUGCCAAUGAUGGUGGGUCUGCAACAGUUUCAAAUUCUCUUCCAGGUGAUGGAUAUUAAUCCCGGUUAUAGUUGUUUGCUUGGGAGACCGUGGAUUCAUGACGCAGGCACCGUCACAUCCAACUUGCACCAAAAAUUGAAAUUCAUCCGAAAUAGAAAACUUGCUAUUGUUUAUGGUGAACAAGUCCUGAUGAUCAGUCAAUUAUCUACUUUCAGAUACAUUGAUAUAGAAGAGGACGCUGUCAUCACCCAAUUUCAAGGGCUUGAAAUUGCAAAUGCAGUGCGGAUUGAGGAUCUCGAUGAAGAGAAGGUGGGAACUUCUAUGGCAUCUUUGAAAGAUGCACAUCAAGUGGUGGCCAGUGCCCAAACCUUGGGUUAG